UUGAAAUUGUCAGACGGAUUGGAUGGAUUGGAAAAAUUUACUGCGACAUAAUUGGAGAAAUUUCAAGGAUUUUGGUGAGUAUAGUGUGUGAAAAAUUUAAUAAUAAAUUAAUUAGUGAUUAAUUAAAAUGAGUUGCUCAAAGAGGCAUUUGAAACGCCUUUAUAAAGUUAAAAAAGAGUUUUAUACAGAGCAAUUAGCCGUUAAAAAUGAGGCAUCAGUACGAGUUCGGGGAAACGAUGCCGCUACCGAGAAUAUUGCGCAUUGUAAUUCUUUUCAUAGUACUGAUGCCACUAGGGAAAAGCUUCCAUUAAAGAAAUUUGCCACAUAACGACCAAUUACUUUUUAUACCAAUAUUACAUGGCUGCACUAAUUAACGUUUUUAAUUUUGUUUUCAUAUACAUACUUACAUACAUAUGUAAAUAUUUGGAGUUGCUACAUAAGGAAAAAAUAUGGAAACAGCUGGAAAGCUUCGCCGGAUGAACGCCGGAAUACCCCAAUCAUUUUUAGAUAGCUUCAAUGAUGGUUGCGAUAAGUACAACAACCUUCAAAAAUUAUUUGUGGACAAAAUUACAGAGUUGGGAGAAUUAAUUGAAAAACAAAACAAAGUGAUCAUUAAUAUUUUGGCGGAACAUGCCGUUUUGUUACAAAAUCUAACUCAAAAGGAGAAGGGAACUAAUGGAGCUAUUGAUGAUAAUAGAGAUUGCUAUAUUUCAGCAGUGCAAUACUUGUUACAAGGAGAGGUUGUAAAAGAUUUCGAAAAGGUUUUGGCGCGUAAAUUUUGCCUUGAAUACAACAUUUAUGGAAUUGGCAACAACAAGAGCUUUAAGGAUUAUUCUAUGGUGUAUACCAUACUUAAAACAAUUGGAAAAACAGCAGUAAAUGCGGAAGCGGAAAUGAGGAGGGCUUUUCAGGUCGUAAAAAAGAGGCAUUUCCGGCAGGUUUCUUCGAUCAAAAACCAUACCUAAUAUAAAAACUGAUUUUUUUUGCGGUACACAUACGUACCUCUCCCAAAAUAGAGUUAAGUUUUUAAUAAUAACUUAAGUGUAAUAUAUGUAAAUAAAAUUUUUUUAUAAAAAAUGAAUUGCAGCAUCCAAAGAAAAUAUUUUAAGUUUAAUAUACUUGUAUAAACUAAAAAUUUUUUUUAAAAAAAUAAUAAUAAAAACAGCGUUUAAAAUUUUUAUUGGAAAUAGAGUAAGGUGGAUUGCUUAGCUCAAAAAUGUGGUCCAUUUGGACCACAAUAAUAGUAAGUAGAGUAUGCCAUGGUCUAGUGUAAUUAGAAUAUAUGUUGGACUAGACGAAGUAGUUUCGUAGGUGGUCGAGAACGCAAUGGUCUUGUGUAAGCAUAAUAUAUGUUGGACCAAAGGAGGUAGUUUGGUAGGUGGUCCUAUGUUAUGCAGCGUUGGACCAGAUGUGGUCAUGUCCAAUGACAUCGCAAUGUUAAUGUAACUAUAUUUUUUCCAUAUGUUUGGACCACGUCGGUAACUAGUGUUGGUUACUAAGUAUCGUGGUCCUGUCCUAGUACAUAAUGUAGUCCGACUUUUUGCAGGGUACAUAUCGACGCAGACUUUUGCAAGCCGCUUAAAAAUAUUUUUUUCAUUUCUUGACAAAUACAGUCAAUCCCGGUUAUACGUCAUAAUCAAAGAUACAGAUGCUUGUGGUUUGUAAAACUAAAAAUAUAAUAUGGCACAUAAGCGUGUGCGAAUACUUAAGCGAGUGGUACUUAAAACAAUAAUUUCUAUGUAUUUCAUAAAAAUAAACCGUGAGAAGCAGCAAGAUGUAGCGAGUUAAGAGGGAUGAUUUUCAUUUAAGCGGAGUACUACUUAACCGGGACUCAGUGUACACAUAACUCAGAGAAAUAAUGAAUAUUUUCUUUGAUACAUUUCUUGACUUGAAAAUCGACAAAUAAACUAUGUUGUCAAUUUUAUUCUUGUUGUCGCUUUUUCCUUCUCAUACAAAUAUCAGAAAUUGUUCAAUUUAUGAUUUUUGGCUUUUGCCACGUCGCGAAAAGACGCUUAUAUGCAAAGUCAUGCUCGGGGAGAUGUACUCGUACUAUUUGGCUGCCAUGCCUAUUGGCUUGUGACGCUGCUGCUACUUGAAACGAUUGUUGUUUUUGUAGAACAAUGUUUGUAGUUUUUGCGGGUGACAUAUCUACACGUGAACGCAUAUAAGUAUGUAUGUUGUGGAUGCGUUAUUUGUGUGCCAAUGUCAUACGCACAUAUUUAUGUAUGUACAUACAUAUGAGCAGCGCGCACAUGUUAUUAUUGAUAAGUGAUAAUAUGAUUUGAAUUCGCGAAAGCGAAUGAUAAAAUUUACGAUUAAUGUACAUUUAUCACAAUUGUAAUAUAUUUAAUUUUUUAAUAAUAUUAUGAUAGUUUGUUAUAUACAUACACUAGCUGACCCGGCGAACUUCGCCCCGCCCAA